AUGGGACAGUGUCGGUCAGCCAAUGCCGAGGAUGCCCAGGAAUUCAGUGACGUGGAGAGGGCCAUCGAGACCCUCAUCAAGAACUUCCACCAGUACUCGGUGGAGGGCGGGAAGGAGACGCUGACACCCUCCGAGCUACAGAACCUGGUGACCCAGCAGCUGCCUCACCUGAUGCCGAACAACUGCGGGCUGGAAGACAGAAUCGCCAACCUGGGCAGCUGCAACAACUCUAAACUGGAGUUUGGAAGCUUCUGGGAGCUGAUUGGAGAAGCAGCCAAGAGCGUGAAGCUGGAGAAGCCGGUCCGGGGGAGCUGA